AUGGUGUUUUCCGUCAAUGGAGUCGACGGCGGAUGGGCCCUAACCCUGCAAAUCCUCAACGGCCGCUGGUUCAUGAUGUUUGCUUCUGCCCUCAUCAUGUCCGUCGCCGGUGCGACCUAUAUCUUCGGCCUCUACUCCAAUAACCUAAAAUCCUCCCUCGGCUACGACCAAACCACCCUUCUCCUGCUCAGCUUCUUCAAGGACUUGGGCGCCAACGUCGGCAUCCUUCCCGGCCUCAUCAACGAGGUCACGCCGCCAUGGGUGGUCCUCUCGAUGGGCGUUGUCCUCAACUUCUUCGGCUUCUUCAUGGUCUGGCUUGCCGUCACCAGUCGGAUAGCCAGACCCCAGAUCUGGCACAUGUGUCUGUACAUUUUUGUGGGCUCAAAUUCUCAAGCUUUCGCCAACACAGGAUCGCUCGUCACAUGCGUCAAGAACUUCCCGGAGAGUCGUAGCGUUGUCUUGGGGUUGCUCAAGGGCUUCCUCGGCCUCAGCAGCGCCAUCAUCACGCAGCUCUACCACGGCAUCUACGGCGCCGAGAAUGCCAGCGCUCUCAUUUUGCUCAUCGCUUGGCUUCCCCCCACCAUAUCCAUCGUGUUCCUACGAACCAUUCGAAUUAUCAGAGUUGCCCCACAACCACCGAACGAGCUCCAAGUCUUCCACAAGUUCCUCUACUUAUCACUGGCUCUUGCUGGCUUUCUCCUGAUCGUCAUUGUCGUUCAGAAGAUGGUCCACUUCACGCGACUUGAGUACGUCAGCAGCGCCGUCAUCGUCCUCAUCCUGCUUCUUCUCCCAAUCACUCCAGUGAUCAAGGAAGAAUACAGCAUUUGGAAAAGCAAGAAACAAGCUGCGACUGUUCCAGCCCAGUUGAAAAUCAGUACCGAGACACCGACGGCGCCACCAACAGAGCAAGAAGUUCCAGUUUCCUGCUUCAAAGACGUGUUUCGGCCACCGGAGAGAGGCGAAGACUACACAAUUUUCCAGGCACUCUUCAGCAUCGACAUGCUAAUUAUCAUCUUCGCAUCAAUUUGCGGCAUCGGAGGCACAUUAACUGCCGUAGACAACCUAGGACAAAUCGGGGCUUCCCUCGGAUACCCAUCUAGAAGCAUUAGCACUUUCGUGUCACUAAUAAGCAUCUGGAACUUUCUGGGUCGAGUUGUGGCCGGAUUUGCCUCUGAAAUUCUCCAAACAAAGUACAAGUUCCCACGACCUCUACUACUCACUGUCGUCCUCUUCUUCUCCUGCAUUGGCUACAUCCUUAUCGCGUUCAAUGUUUGGAAUGGUCUUUACGUAGCAACAAUCAUCAUUGGAUUUUGCCUUGGCGCACAAUACCCAUUGCUUCUAACUAUCAUCUCUGAAAUUUUUGGGCUCAAAUACUACUCUUCGCUCUCCAAUUUUGGGGUAGCGGCGUGCCCAGUUGGGUCAUAUGUGCUCAAUGUGAUAGUCACUGGUGGUUUAUAUGACGAACAGGCUGAGAAGCAGAUGAAGGCAUUAGGGCUUGCUGCGAAGGGCAACAACAACAACAUGGAUUGCAAGGGAGAGGAGUGCUUCAAAUUGGCUUUCAUUAUAAUCACAGCGGUGACAGUGGCUGGUGCAUUGGGUUCUGCCAUUUUGGUGCUUAGGACUUGGAAGUUUUAUAGGAGCGACGUUAAUAAGAAGUUCAGGGAGGAGGGGGUGGAGACAGAGGCAGAGGUGGUUGAGAUGGAGACAACAGCCGCCGAAAAUGGCGAUGAACGGCCAGCUAGAGGCCACAGCAAGAUAGACGAUUGUUAG